GCAUAGGGUUUUACCAUAUGGAGAGAGGGGUUUUAAGAACCAAUACAUAAGUUUCAUGUGUUUUUAUGUUUGGCUUUUCCAUAUUUUUUUAAAAAAGGGCGGAGGCAGGCUUUUAUAUUGCCUGUAUUGAAGAGGUUGAAAAAACCAGAGCUUAAUGCAAUGGAAGUAGGAGCCGCAGCUGCGGCGGAGAAGAAGAAGAAGUCAAAGAAGAGGAAAGGGCAGGGAGAAGUGAGUAUCCACAACGAGCAAAAUGGGAAGAGAAGCCAAAUCGAAGGGGAAUAUGAAGGUCCCAGUACAAUAAGCAUAGCUGUAGCAGGUUCCAUUAUCGACAAUUGCCAGUCCCUGGAACUUGCUACAAGGCUCGCCGGACAGAUAGCAAGGGCAGCCACAAUUUUUAGAAUUGACGAGGUGAUAGUAUUUGAUGACAAAGAAAAUACAGGUGUUACAUCUGAUGUGUCAAUAUGGGACGAUGAGGGAGAAAGCGGUGCAUUGUUUCUGGCAAGAAUCUUGCAUCAUCUUGAGACACCUCAGUACUUGCGACGUGCACUUAUCCCCAAACAUAACAUUCUUAGAUACGUGGGCUUGUUACCUCCUUUAGAUGCUCCUCAUCAUGCACGCAAGCACGAGUGGGUUCCAUAUCGCGAAGGUGUGACCCUUGAUAGGAAACCUCCAGCUGGAGUUGGGACUUUUGUCGAUGUGGGUCUUCUUAAGCCUGUUUAUAUUCAACAAACAAUUGAGCCUGGACUGCGAGUGACAGUAGCAAUGGGAUCUAACAAGAGUUUAGGGACUGAUUGUGUACGCCAAGCCGUGAAACAUUCAGAACCAAGAGAAAAGAAGGGGCUUUAUUGGGGUUACACAGUACGGUAUGCUUAUAAUAUUAGCAAUGUAUUCAACGAAAGUCCUUAUAAGAGUGGGUAUGAUUAUUCAAUUGGAACUUCGGAGCAUGGAGAUAUUAUAAGGUCUUCUGAUCUUGUGAUUCCAAAAUUCAGACAUUUACUAAUUGCAUUUGGAGGACUUGCGGGUCUCGAGGAGAAUGUUGAGGAGGAUCAAAAUCUCAAGGGAAAAGGGGUUCGACAACUAUUUGAUUGCUACCUAAACACAUGCCCCAACCAAGGAAGUCGAACAAUUCGAACUGAGGAGGCUACUUUUAUAUCAUUACAAUAUUUUCAAGAUCCUAUUCAAAGGGCCACUUGUACUUAAACAAUCAUAUAGGUAAAAGCAUUGCCAAGAUAAUAGAAAUUGUGUAUGCAACUUUGUGGAAGAGACUAAAUGAAAUAAGGGAAUCUUCUUUCCUUAUGAAGAGAACAUCAAGCUUAUUUUUCUUUGAAAUUGCUUGUUUUAUAAAUUGGAUUCUCGAUAGCAUAAAUUUAUAAUUUUUAUAAAACUAUACAAUUAUAUAACUAUUCAAUUGAUGAAAUUUUUUUCUAUA